GAAAGCAACUACGCUGUACCUUUCCCUGCCACUCGUUCUUCUGCUUUUUACCCUAAAUCUUCAACUCUCCAUUAUUUCAUUUUCAAAACCAAACUAAUUUCGAGGCUCUAAGCCUGAAAAAGGAAGGGGAAAGAAGAGUUGGGAAGCUCAACAGUGAACCCCACUUUUUUUUUUUACUAUUUUCAUUCAUUCAUAAUACUCUCCCCCAUUCAGUACUUUCAAAACUCACAUUAUCCACUCUUUCUAUUCGAUUAUCCUUUAGCUCACAGUCUCUUCCUCUUCGCCUCUAGUUUUUUCCACCCACUGUUCUCCACCCAUGUUGAUUGGAACUGUUGUCAGACUAUCACUGGCAUCCUACUAAGUGAAACUCUCUUUUUUAUUUUCACUUUCGUGUUUACUUGCUUCAAUCAGUAAACUUUGAGCUCCACGGUUCCCCAGUUUUUCCAUCUUCACUUCCUACUUUUCCUCUUUUUUCCCUCUUGGACGGUUUAUCUGAAGACUGGUGGCAGUCCGCAGCUUACCGACAUAUGAUUCUUCCCUCUCUGUCAAAUUUCUGGGAUUUUCUCAGGAAUGAAGAAGAUUAGAGACUAAAGCUGUUAAAUCCAGUAGGUCAGUAGGUGAAUCAGGUUUGGCUUGGUGUUCUCGAGAGUGUGGGGGACAUUUCCUGGACUUCAGUCGAUGGAAUCCUCGGCGGCGGCAUCCUUUAAAAGGGCUCGGUCGCCUGGCAGCGGAAGCCUAGCGCCUUCGUGCUUGGUCGAUGGCUGCACUGCAGACCUCAGCAAAUGCAGGGACUACCAUCGACGCCAUAAAGUAUGCGAAGUUCACUCGAAGACCCCAAAAGUUACAAUUAGGGGUCAAGAACAACGGUUUUGCCAGCAGUGUAGCAGGUUUCAUUCGUUGGUGGAGUUUGAUGAGGUGAAACGAAGCUGUAGGAAACGUCUCGACGGACAUAAUCGACGACGGAGAAAGCCCCAACCCGAUUCCCUGUCUGCGAAUUCAGGGAGGUUUCUAUCCAGUCACCAAGGUACUCGAUACUAUCCGAUAGGUAGCCCCCAAAUAUUAUCGACAACUGCCAUAACGUCUUCUUGGAUGAGGACCCUGAAAUUGGAAACCGAUAUGAACUUGAUAAACUUCAGCGGCCGAACUGGCUUGUUCCCUGGAUUCUCAUCUGAUAACUACAAAGGAGAAAAACAGUUCUCAUUCUUACAAACUACUAGUUCAUCACUCCCUGGAAGUGUUUCGGUUUGUCAACCGUUUCUCAAUGUGAUUCCUUCGUCAAGCAAUGGUGGCAGCAACCUGAAAAUGUUCCCGAACGCGUUAAAUCAAACUAUCGACUCAAAUUGUGCUCUCUCUCUUCUGUCAUCCCAACCGGCUGAGAUUAGGGAGAUUGGUCUGAGCCCCACGGUGCAACAUGGCUCAGCUUUAUCAUUGAUCCCAAACUUGCAUUAUAAUGAUCUAGGAGGAAUUGGAGGUGAGCAAAUCGGAACUGCCGUUUUGGCCGCUGACAGUGGCGGUAACACCAAUAUCCAUGGCCAUGAAAUGUUCCAAAAUAAUCAUCCCGGGUGUUCUGCAACUGGUUCUCACCAUACACUCUCCUUCUCAUGGGAGUAAAAAUAUCUGCCAUUUCCUAUCUACCUCCAAAUCAGAUAGUUUUGAGUAACGAAGUUGGAAAUUUAUAAACAUAUUCGUGUGUUUUGCUUUUAGAAUAUUUAAUGAACUUUUGUUUGAAUGAGUGGGGAAUAAUGUAUGAAUCUUUCAGACAAAAAUAUGUUUGCUUCUGCA